UGAAUAUGCAUACAUAACAUACAUACAUACAUAAUUUUUCUAAUUCUUAGGUGUUUUGACAAACUUGCUCAAGUAAUACAUUCAUCGCCGUUGCUACAUUUCGCGCGUCGCGAACAACGAUCCGGUAGUGUAGUCUUUCAUAACACACUGGAUCAUCCGUCCAAUCCAGGAGCGUCGUAGAUGUGAACUACUUUUCCCACAAUCCUUCUCCGCUACUCUGUUUGAAGUUCUUGCUAGCGACGGCCCCUUCUUGACUUGGUUUGAGGCGAAUUCCCCAAAAAUUCCAAAUUUGCCGACUAUUUGUGGAUGUGUGUGGCAACAGAAUGGGGGUGUCGGAUUUAGAAUUGGAUACAAAUGGGCCCGUCGUAGAUCUUUCGGCUCGGGGGAUGCGGAAGCUCGACGCCGGUUUCAUGUGCUCAGAGGACACGCACACGCUCAUCCUGGACCAGAAUCAAAUCAUGAAACUGGACCACAUGGAAAGGAACCCGGGCCUUCAGCAGCUGUCUGUCGCCAGCAACCGCCUGGUUCGGAUGAUGGGCGUGUCGCAGCUCAAAGAGUUGCAAGUUCUGAAUCUUCCCAACAACAGUAUUGGCUACAUCGAGGGACUGCGCGACCUGCCGAAACUCAAAUGGCUCAACCUGUCGGGAAAUGCGAUUAAGGUCAUCGAGCAGCUGAACAACUGCGUUUCCCUCCAACACUUGGAUCUUUCCGAUAAUAGCAUAUCAAUCAUUGGCGAUCUGAGUAAACUUGUUUCCCUCAAGACUCUCCUCCUGCACGGCAACAGCAUCACGACUCUCCGCACUGUGCCCGCCAACCUCCCCGCCCACGUGUCCAUCCUGUCGUUGGCGUCCAAUGAGAUAACGGAUCUCAACGAAGUGGCGCACCUGGCCCCCCUCCACGAACUGGAGCAGUUGUCCGUUAUGAAUAACCCGUGCGUGAUGCCGACCCCGUCGCUGCCGCGCUUCGACUACCGGCCGUACGUGAUGAACUGGUGUUUGGGCCUGAAAGUCUUGGAUGGCUUUGUGGUGUCCCAAAAAGAAGGACUGAAAGCAGAGUGGCUGUACAGCCAAGGAAAAGGCCGCUCGUUUCGACCGGGACAGCACGAUGAACUGGUUCAGUACCUUUCCACCGUUUGCCUCCGGACCACGUCGUCGCCCUUGGUGAUGGCGGAAGAUGCCAAAUUGGAGAAGAUCCUGAAUAAGCAGAGGUUUCACCAAAUGCAGUUGUUAGAAGAGACCCGGGGCGAAUGUCCGAGCCCUCCUCGGCCCACUCAGCUCGCUGUGGAAACACGGGACACUUUGCGUACGUCGCUACAAGGGAACGCCGCCGAAGUGAAGAAAAUGACCUCACCAACACCACCUGCGAGCAUUUUGGACCCGGAAAGAGAGCGAGCCGUGCAGUUCAAUACGUGGAUGAGCCACGACGCGUCCAGCACUUCGCUUCCACGCAUCAGCGACCCAAAACCGGGAGAGGCCGAAAACCUGCGUUUGGAAGACGUGCAGACCGACGAGGACAAGCUGAACAGCAGUUUGCUCUCCUCCGAGUCCUCCUUCAUGCCCUUCCCGCCGGACCUGGACCCGCGGCCGCCUCGCUCGGACAGCGAGGACGAGACGGAGACGUUCGAGGCCGACUCGCUGGCCCCCGGGCGCGUCGCAGAAGAAGAGGCCGUCGCGCCGCGUUCGGCAGCCCCCGAAGAAGAACAUUUUUUACACGUGGCCAACACGUCGGAGGAAGCGACGAGAGCGGCUGUGAAGAUUCAGUCGUGGUGGAGGGGGCGCUACACCCGCUGUUGUCACCCCGAGGCCAGGGAGGUGCGCGGCGAGAUCCGCCUGCGCAGGAUGCAAGAUCACAUCGUCUCUUUGUCGCUAAAACUGGAGAGGGUGCAGAAGCAGUGCGAGGAGGAGAGGUUGAAAAGGAUGGUCCAAGAGGAAGCCGUCCGGUUUCUGUGGACGCAGGUCCAGUCCAUGCAUCGGUGGAAGCAGUCUGUCGAGGAGCAGCUGGCCCGCCUCGCUCACGUCCCCGCCCCUCCCGGACCGUGUCCGGACUCCCCGCCCGCGGCGCGCGGCUCCGCCGACCCGCCGCCCGCGGACGUCUCCAUGCCGGACUCGGGCUUCCAGGUGACGACCGGCGAGGAGCGGGCCUCCCCCGGAGACGGCUUCCUGAGCGGCGGGACGGCGGAGACCGUGCGAGGGUCCCGCGGCCGCGUGGACAGCGCGGACUGCAGCCUGCUCGAGCAGUACGCCUCCUCCUUGCAGCAGAGGGAGGAAGAGGAGGAGGAGGAGGCCGAGGAGGAGGAGGAGGAGGAGUCGCUAACCGCACAAGCGUCGCCUUCCCCGCAAACCGAAGAUGACCAGGCGGAUAUCAACGGAAAAGAAACUGGAUCAUAAGAAUGCUCCCAUUUCCCCAGCGAGGCGCGGCUGAGAAUUGCACUUAUAUUUAUUGUCUUAUCACCCACGAAAGUGUACUUUUAUUUGUUGAACACAAAAAAAAAAAAAUCAAACCAUAUUUGGAUUUUGGGUGAUAUUUUAGGAUGGACCUGAAAUGCACAGUAAGCAACAACAAGUAAGAACAGCAAAAGUCUCAAGUUCACCGAUAAGAAGUUUUACUGUUAUGCAUUUUAGGCUCAUCCUGAAAUUUUGCCCAACGUCGCUGACUUUUGUUUUUUUCUACCUCUUCUGGUAAUCGAACAUCAACCCGUUCUCCUUGCGAAUAAUAUGCAUACAAACAUAAUCACACUGAAAUAAAAAUCAGAUCAUUGCAA